AUGCUCGGCGAGGAUUUGGCUACAGAACCGAUUGCAAUCGACUCCCACCGACUCGAGCAAAUUACAGAGCGCUACUCGGACCAGAAGAAGUUACGCCAUUUUUUGUGCAAGGUGUGCUCCGCUAUAAGUCCAGGGAAGAAUUCAGAAACCACGUACACAUGCCCCACGUGCAGCAACGAAUGGGGUGGUAGGGUCGCGUUGUGCAACACAGUGCGACGGCUCCAAGAAGGCAACACUUUGACCUGUGCUCAAAUUUGGCAUGGUCGUUGGAAAAAUGGAUACCAGCUUCCCCCUGGUGCUAAACGGAUUCGUUUUCGAGCUGGUAAACGAAAAAGUUCAACCGGAGACCAAGUGGGAUCAAGAAUGAAUAAUUCCAACGAGGCGGAGGCCGCGCUGGACUUCAACACGAUUACCCCAGAGAUCACCGAGACGGUGCCGACUGCAGAUGAGAUGGCACUGAAGACGAUCGAUGUGAGGCGUUGCUGA